UUUGAUGGACAGAGAAUACCGGAAGAAUAUGUGAAUAAAAAUGGACAACGAUUUGCGUAUGAUUAUGUGAGGCUAAGAGUUGGCAAAGAUGGUAGGGUUUGGAGAGUCGAGGUUUAUAAAGAAAGUGAUCAAAUUUGGCUAACAAAAGGUUGGGAAAGGGUUGUGAUGAACUACUCAAUCAAAGGCGGUGAUUUUCUAUUGUUCAAGUACGACGAACGCGAUUCUAUGUUUCAACUCAACAUUUUUGACACCACUGGUUUUGAAAUCGAGUAUGAUCAACAAGUAGAACAAAUUUCAUCGGCAUCCGAAGAGAUGGUUCUAAUUGAUGAUAAUGAUCACGACCACAUUUCUCUUUCAGAGGAUGAUGAUGUAGCAGUCUACGAGCCCAUGGAUCCGACAGAUGUUGAAAGUAGGGUCGAAGCUUACAAAACGAAAAACCCUCAUUUCAAAGUUAUCAUGCAACCUAGCUAUGUCUCUAAUGUAUUUCGAUAUUCAUUUCCAAUUCGUCACGUGAGAAAACAUUUGAGGCUUUUGGAAGUACAACAAAUUCAGUUGAAGGCAACGGAUCGUGAAGGGAGCUACCCCGUAAGGUUGAAUUUGCACAAUAAGAAUAGUCAAGCAGCCGUCGGCUUUGGAUGGAAAAAAUUUGUGCUUGAGAAUGAUCUGCAAGUAGGCGACGGUUGUGUUUUUGAGCUAAUCUGCCCUCAAACCAAUGCAUACAAGGUUACCAUCUUUCGUGUACCGCGAUUUUAGCUUAACUAGCUAGCUACAUCCAUAUUACUAGCUACUUGGUUUUUAAGUUUAUGUAUGUGAAAGUUAAUUAAUUUGAGGAUUAAUUUCAUAAGCAAUAAUACGAAUGGAGUAAUAUUUUAUUAGGUAAUUGGUACCGAGUUUAUACAUAGUAGGUCGAAAUAAAAUGCAUGUUUGUGCAAUAAGACAUUAUUAGUCGCAGGGUCAGCCCGGAGGGGUAGGCCUCGAGUGCGACCGCCUAGGGCCUACAUCAGAAAGGGGACAAAAAUAAAAAAAAAUAAAAAUUCAGUUUACAUAGCUGUAGAAUUUAAACUGUAGUUUUUACUCAUUAAAAAAUAAGCCACUUUUAAAAAAGAUAAUUAAUGCAUUUAGUUAGCAAUUAACAAUAAAUUACUUAGAUGUCAAUUAGGUGGAGAUAACUAUGCAAUAUAACCUCUUCUUCUUCUAAUCUUCCGAAUUCUAUGAGUAUCUGCUUCAAAAUAUUAAUCUUUUCAAUUACACCUUUUCAUAUUUAUUCAAUUACCGAAAUAUUAUGCAAAGUUAUUACUCCAGUAUUGUGUAUGGAGACUUACUAUUCAAAUAAUUUAA